GUCCCAGGGUUUCAAUGAUCAGCUCAGCCAUCGACUCAGGGGCUGUGAUUGGUCACUACACCUGCAUGAGCCCAAGUAAUCAGGGGUUCAUCGUCAACCCGGAUGACUUGCGCAAUGCAACUCAAUUCAACACCGACAACAUGAAAGAGUAUUUAAAUCGGCCGAUGGCCCAUGUAGGCGCUAUUGAGAUUAAUCCCUCUAGUCUUCAUCCCCUCGUUCUCGACUGAAGACCGUUGAGCCUCAUCGUCAAAAUGCGUGCCCAAUUCCUUCUUUCCGCACUACCUAUUCUAGGAGCGCAAGGCGCGCGCAUCCUCCAAGCUAACGAUGACGGCUGGGCGGAGCUCUACAUUCGUUCAUUAAACGAGGCGCUCAACGAAGCUGGACAUGAUGUCGUUCUUUCAGCUCCCGCCGACAACCAGUCAGGCACGGGAUCGUCCGAUAAAGAGCCCUCCCCGCGCUCGGAUGCCUGCGAGUAUGAUAGCUGCGCGGCUAACAGCGGGCCUGUGGGUAGCAACUCGACCAACACCCGCCUCAACUGGGUGAACUCUUACCCGGCGACGUCUACCCGCUACGGAAUCGACACUUUCGGCCCUCAGAUCUGGAACGGCGAGGGUCCGGAGCUCGUGGUCACAGGUCCUAACGUAGGAACCAAUUUAUUCCUCGCAGUCCCAUUCUCGGGUACCAUCGGCGCCGCCGUGUACGCAAGCCACACGGCGGGUAUCCCCGCCAUCGCCUUCUCGGGUGCAUCAACGGGCAAUCUCGCAUGGAACACAAGUCCCGUCCCAGCACGAAGCGCAGUAUACGCCUUACUCGCGACGCAACUGACCGAGGCCGUUCUUGCCUCCGGCACGCCGUACCUUCCCUCCGAGGUCUUCCUCAACGUCAACUUCCCCGAAAUCACCGACGACUGCAACGGUCCCGCGAACUUUAAAUGGGUCCUUAGCCGCAUCAACCCGGGAACGUUCUCCGACCCCGAUACCGAGAGUUGUGGUAGCACAAGAUUACCCACUGAGACGAGUGUAAUUGAUGCGGGUGGCUGCCACAUCUCGGUUAGCGUCGGGGAUGCGACGGAUAAGACUACGGCGCCGGCUGAGAAGCAGGCCGUUGUGCUGCAGAAGCUGGGAAGCUUGUUGACUUGCUUGGAGUAAUUGAUCUGUUUGGAUAUGUGUUGUACGAUUCUGGAUAUGACUUCACGUAUAUAGUUUUGGCAUAGAAUCGUCCAGGCACGCAGCUGAAUUGUAUAAAAGGAACGUUAAAUGUAUCCAGGCCUUCAAAUCCAUCUACUUCCACGUUGAUAUAAUGUUAAGGACAAGUAUAUCUUCGUGUAUCGCACGUUCAAUAGCUAACGGAGAAAACUCUACUAUACGUCAUCACAUUUCGUCAUAUUACCGGCGUCUUCCCUUCCGCAACGGUUGUCGGCGCAAAUAAGCGUUCCUAUUGGAUCAAGUUACGACGCUUAAGAAUGUAGUAAGGAUAGAGAUCUGUGACCGCCGAUCAUGCU